AUGCCUCUUAUCACUGUCGGAGACUUCGAACACGGGAAGGCUGGACCGAAGUCUAGUCUUCACGCUCUCGGCAAUCCCAAUGGCUACGGUCGAGGAAACUCCCGCCACACUCCUCAAGCGGCCGCCGCUGCUGCUGCCAACCCCGUCGCGGCCCCUGCUCCACCUCCUGCUCCUGCUCCCGCCCCAGUCCCGGCUCCGGCUCCGGCUCCAGCUCCUAUCCAGCCUCCAGCCCCGGUUCCCGCCCCAGCUGUCAAUCCGGUUCAAGCUGCCGCUGCCCCUAACCUUGCUCCAGCGCCUCCUCCAGCACCUCCUCCAGCGCCAGCCCCAGUACCUGCUCCAGUCCUUGCUCCAGCACCUGCUCCAGCGGCUGCACCAGUACCUCCUCCCGCAGUUGUUCCACCCCCAGCGCCUGCCCCAGCCCCCGCCCCCGCUGCCAAUGCCGCCCCAGCUCCGACUGCGAACAACGAUAAUGCUCCUCAGGCACCAGCACAGCCGGCGGUGGCGAACGAGAUCCUCGGACUCAGGGCGGCCAUACACCUACUCGUCCGCAGGAUCCAGGCCCUCGAGGAGGUGACGGGUUAUGAGGACGCCAGCCUUCGAGAACGCGUCGAUGGUCUGAAGACACGGCUAGACAGGCAUAAUGGGGUGCUUCAUUCCCAUGCGCAGGCCCUGAGGGCGCAAGGGAACUCUAUCGACGACAUCCUCCAAAGGAUCUGA